AUGCCGUCCUCCAAAGCUAAACUCAACCAACACCUUAAUACCUAUACUCAGACCGAUCAGACGGAUAAAACAAAGGACUUUCUCAACGGAUUCUUCGGGGUUCUCUCACCUCAUGGGAAAAGCAACCUGGUCGAUGAUAUCUCCCAGUGUUCAGGUGAUAAUGAAAAGCUUCGACAACUCGUGCGCAGCAUCGAAACCGGUCUCAUCAUUCCCUUAAAAGCCCAUGGUGGUAAAACACCUACUGACAUUACCCCCUCCCCUCGACCUGGCGUGGAAGAUUCAAUUGAGAAUCUAAAGACCGAAAACAUCGAACCAGUUUCGAGAAGCCAACAGUCCCAGCUUUGCUCUCAUUGCUUGGAAAGAGACGAGUUUAGAUGCCUUGCAACAGGUCGAUACAGCGGCAGUCAUCCACACCCACAAGGAGCACCUACUACCUAUCUUGAGGCCGCACAUAUCAUUCCCUUUACUCUCGGAUCUUUUCGACACGAUGACUUUGAAGCCGUGGAUCGAUAUGCGACAAUCUGGGUCAACCUUUCACAUUAUUUUCCAAUGCUCCGCCAGAUAUCAUUCACAUCGGAGCACAUCAAUUCUGAGAAGAAUAUAUUAAUGCUCAGUAUGAUGGUUCACAAAGAAUUUGGUCAGUUCCGGAUUAUCUUUGAAGCAACCGGGGUCACAAACCAGUACCGCAUAAAGGCCUUUCCGGAUGCGGUUUCAGAUGCGGUCCAUUUCUUGCCUAGAAAUAGGCUUGUUAAGUUCCGGUCGCGGAAAGGGUGGGAAGUUCCUGAUCCUGCCCUCCUCAAAAUCCACGCAUCUAUUGGGAAUUUCUUGCAUAUGAGUGGUCGGGCAGAGGCCGUUGACAAGGUAUUAAGAGAUUUUGAUGAUUGUGGUGGGCUAGCGACAGACGGAAGCUCCAACAUUAAGGACCUUCUUGCGGUUAGCCGCCUUUCAUUACUACCGAUAAAUGUCAACAAAAUGCCGUCUACAGAGGAAACCAGGGCUGAACUACGACAAAGGUUUUCUACAGACAGAUCCGGAAUUUGA